GAUCACUCAGUUCUAUUUGCAUGUUGAUCCAGCUGCAUGUGGCCUCUUGUCCCGCUUGGUGUUCUUUGACCCAGAUUCUGUAAACGAAGCGAACCUGAGCGGUGCUACUGUACCUUUAAGCAGGUGAGUCCAGGGUGUGGUUUAUUCCACACGGAGGUUCCGGGAUCAACAUGCUGGAGUAAACAAAGCACGUCCGCCACAACCUGCAGCACAGACCCGGAAUAAAGGCCUCCAUGUGCGACUGGUGGCCCGCCGCUCACUUCUGGGCUGUAUAAUGGGCGGACUGGUUCCCAGUGAGUCUCUGCGUGUCUCCUCGUGGCUCCCACAGGUGGACUAGUCGGACAGGUCGGGACUGGAAACCUUUAGCUGACUUUGGGCUGAAGGCGAUGCAGCAGAGUUAUGAUGAGGAGCGUCGCGGCCGCAGCGCUCCUACACCUGUGCCUCUGCGCCACAGCUUCGGUUUCGGUCAGUGAUCCCACCGAACCGAUCGCGGCGCCGGGCGACAUCGUGCUACUUCCGUGUUACACCUCCGGUAACGAAACACCGGAGCUGACGACGUGGGUCAGAGACGGACGGGAGGUCGGGAGAGGCGGCGGGGCGUCACCGAGCCCACCCGGCCCGGUACCGCGGCUCAGCGUGCUGCACGACGGGAGCCUGAACAUCCGGGGGGUGAUACCUGGAGACGAGGGCAGUUACCUGUGCAGCUCCGCGCUGCCGGGAAACCGCAGCUUCCAGGCACGUGUGCGGCUGCAGGUGGCCGAGCCUCCGUUCCCUGAAGGCGAGCCACUGGCCACGGCUCUGGAGGCGACCAGCGUGACUCUAACGUGCACCGAGGCCACGUCCUUCCCGCCCGCCAACACCACGUGGAGGAAAGGGCUGCAGCAGGACGACAUCGUGUCCGGAGCCAAGUACGUGGUGUCGGAGGACGGCCCCGAGCUCAAGCUGACCAUCGUCAACGUCAGCAAGGACGACGAGGGCUACUACUUCUGCCGCAGCGAGAACCCGCUGGCCAUCCGCGAGCUGGAGGUCUACCUCACCGUGAAGACAGCCUCCUCGGCCUACACGGGAGCCAUCAUCGGCGUCUUCAUAGCCGCGCUGAUUGUGGGAUCGGCUAUAAUCGUGGCUAAAACCGUUUACUCCAGCCGACACCGAGUGUGCCUGGGAAGCGGCUUUGGCCAGCUGGAGGAGGACGGAGGAGACGUGCUGAGUCUGGUGGAGUCCGAUGACGAACAGAUCUUCCAGGACGCCGUUCCCCGGCUGCCUCCGGUAACCAACGGACGCCACACAACGCUGGUCCAGAUACACCGCAUCCCGUCAAGUGAUCACGAGGAUCUGGAAACUGCUGAGACAAGCUCACAGCAGCAGGAAGACACUGUACAGACAGAAGAGCCGGAGGAUCUUGUAACGUUUUAGGUUUGGGGUAUUUUUAGACUAAUGUGUCAUGUUAGGUGAAUGCAUUUUACUCCCAAUGAGAAUGUGAAUAGAAUUGGUGGAAGACUAUGACAAACAACAACAACAA